AUGUUUCUUUUCGGUCUAGCCGCAGUUUUGACUUCCGUAGCCGCUGGUGGUAAAGCCGAACUUUCCUUCCCGAACAAAGUCGACCAGGGCGACCAAAUAACGAUCAAAUGCGACUGGAGCGGCUUUGGACCUGAAGCAAAAGAAUCUUCCGACAGUUGUGACCUCAACUGCCAGCGCGUUAAUUUGAUACAGGUGAAAAUCACGAAGAAAACCGACAUGAUCUACAGAUCGAGUGUCAACGGCGCCGAAGCGAUGAAUGGCUGGGAGAUUCAGAAUAACGCCGGCUCCGAUGCGGCGAUUACAAAAGUGGCGCAGUUGGAGGACUCACACGAAUACAAUUGCAUCGUUGAUGAUGAUAAAGAUAAUUUCGCCAUGGCCACAAAAGCCCUUCUCGUCCGAGUGAUCCCCUCAGCCCCUGUUAUCAUCGCUCCCAGCGACAAGAAGUUGAUCAUCGAAGAAGCUGGAGAAAUCACCUGUAUGUCGGCCAUUGCCAGUCCUGAGCCAGUUUACACUUGGUACAAGAAUGACCCAGCUACUGGACAGUCGAUACAAUUGCCUGUCGACGCCAGAACUUCCGAGCAAUUCGCCCAAUCUUCCUUCACUGUUGACGAAAAUAAGGUCAAAUUCCUGACAGUCACCGAAGCGGACGAAGGUGAAUACUUUUGCGUUGCGAAAAAUGAAGUCGGAGAAACUCGAGGAGCGCCAGAAUACAUCUCAGUCGGAUCGGUGAGCGUGGCAAGCGUUGUAGGAAUCGUCUUCGCAGUGAUCUUUGGCGUCGCCUGUCUUGGAGUCAUUGCUUUUAUCGUUUAUAAGAAGAUGUCAGACGAUGAAUACGACGAAGAGCACGACGCAUUCGACGACGACGCAAACGACGUCCAAAUCGGCGAGGCCUACGCUCCAUACGAUCACAAAUCGAGCCGGCAAGACUUCUCCCACGUCGUAUAG